UUUUUUGAUUUUCACAAGUAUAAUAUGCUAAUAAUCAAGUUAUUCUUCUUAUAUUCUUUAUUGAUUAUGACAACUACAAGUCAAACAUUCUUAUACGAGUCAAUGAGUUCUAGUUAUCUACAAACAAGUCAACGUCAAUCUUUAUUUGACAAGUUGGCUCCUGAUCCUGCUUUAUCUACUUUUAUGGAUGUCCUUACUCAAGUAGAUGAUGUCCUUCAAUUAAUAAAUUCAACCCAUGAUAAAACACUUUAUACUAUCUUUUGUCCUAUCAAUAGUGCCUUUCAAGAGUUCAGACUCUUGUAUGGACACGAUAACCUUGAUGAAUUCCUAAGAAAUCAUAUUGUUCCUCAUGAAAGGCUUUUACCGUCUGAAUUACCAUCACGCCAUGUCCUUCCGACUUUAUUAGAUCAUCAAACGAUUCAAGUCAAAUAUCAUUAUUUAUCUCAUAAAGUCGUCUUGAAUGGACAUGCCCAAGUUGAUAUGAAGCAUGUUGUUGAAGCAACAAAUGGUAUUGCAUAUAAAAUUAAUCAUUUAUUACGUCCUGCCAAAUAAUGACGUCUAACAUUCACGUGAUAUAAAACGAUAUAUACAUGUGUGUAUAUGAAAUUAUUUCAAUUUUUUUUUUUUAAUA